CGUGACAGAGCAGCGGCUGACAUGACAUCACCUGAUAACGAGGUGCCACGUGGCGAUCCCUUAGUGGAGCAAGUGGCGUCCGUCCUCCUGGACCGCCUGGCAGACUGUCGGCGCACCUUCUCCUGCGUGCUGCUGCUGGGCGGGGCUGCGCUGCCCUCUGUGCUCACCACGCUGCUGCGCACCCACCCAGCUGUGCAGCGAGUGGUGGUGGUGGACGUGUCCCCCACGGCCCUCGCACUGGCGCGCGCCCACCUGCCUGCCCACGCCGUCUGCUGCAAUCACGCCCCCACUGCCACCGACCACACCUGGACUCCGCACCACACUGAACACCCAGCAGCAGCGUCAGCAGUACGCGCAGCAGCAUCAGCAUCAGAGGCGGCAGCAGCAGCGAGGGUGCAGGUGGCGUUUGUGCUGGCAGACGAGGAGCACCUGCCCUUCCACUCCAGCUCGUUUGACGCGGUGAUAUCAUGUGUGGGGCUGCACUGGGUCAACGACCUGCCCGCCGCCAUGGCGCACAUCAGGAGGGCGUUGAAGCCCGAUGGGCUCUUCCUCGCGGCCAUGCUGGGCGGCGACACCCUCCGGGAGCUGCGCAUAGCAUGCACGUUGGCUCACAUGGAGAGGCAGGGCGGUGUGGCGGCUCGAGUCGCCCCCAUGGCUCAGGUGCGAGAUGCGGGCAAUCUGCUAACCAAAGCCGGUUUCGCGCUGCCCACGGUCGAUGUCGACGAAUUCCCCGUCGCCUACCCUUCAGCUGUGCAGGUGGUGCAGCACCUGCGAUUGCUGGGCGAGACAGACUGCACUCUGCACCACUCCCAGCCGUUGCCCCGUGACACGGCGCUGGCAGCAGCAGCCAUCUACGCGCACAUGUUCCCCGCCUGCCCUCCCUCCGCACACGCUCAUUCACCACCAGACCUUGCUCCUGGUGUAGAGGCGAGGGGGGACGAACAACAAGGGAGGGAUGAAGAUGGGGUUGUUGCAACAUUUCAGGUCAUCUUCAUGGCGGGCUGGGCGCCGCACGAGUCGCAGCAGAGGGCUCGCCCUCGUGGAUCCGCGGCCGUGUCUCUGCACGCCCUGCACCACUCCCUGCCGGCCUAG